GCGGCCCACGGCGCAGGCGCGGCGGCCAGGCCGGACGCGCUUCCCUGUCCGCGUCGCCAUGGCCGCGCCGGCCCCGGGUCUCAUCUCGGUCUUCUCCAGCCCGCAGGAGCUGGGCGCGUCGCUGGCGCAGCUGGUGGCGCAGCGGGCGGCGUGCUGCCUGGCGGGGGCCCGCGCGCGCUUCGCGCUCGGCCUGUCGGGCGGCAGCCUGGUGUCCAUGCUGGCCCGCGAGCUGCCCGCCGCCGCCGCCGCCGCCGGGCCCGCCAGCCUGGAGCGCUGGACGCUGGGCUUCUGCGACGAGCGCCUCGUGCCCUUCGAGCACGCCGAGAGCACGUACGGCCUCUACCGGACCCACCUGCUCUCCAAGCUGCCCAUCCCCGAGAGCCAAGUGCUCACUAUUGAUCCACAGCUGCCUGUGGAGGUGGCCGCCGAGGACUAUGCCCAGAAGCUGCGACAGGCCUUCCUAGGAGACUCCAUCCCGGUGUUCGACCUCCUGAUCCUGGGCGUGGGUCCCGAUGGCCACACCUGCUCGCUCUUCCCAGACCACCCGCUCCUGCAAGAGCGGGAGAAGAUCGUGGCCCCCAUCAGUGACUCCCCGAAGCCGCCCCCACAGCGUGUGACCCUGACACUCCCGGUGCUGAAUGCUGCCCGCACAGUCAUCUUCGUGGCCACCGGCGAGGGCAAGGCUGCCGUCCUCAAGCGCAUCCUGGAAGACAAGGAGGAGCGCCCCCUCCCGGCGGCGCUGGUCCAGCCGCACACAGGCAAGCUCUGCUGGUUCCUGGACGAGGCCGCCGCCCGGCUCCUCACCGUGCCCUUCGAGAAGCAUUCCACCUUGUAGCUGGCCCUAGGGGGCCGCGCCAGGACCAAACAGAGCCUGCUGAUCCCCACGAUCACGCCGGGCCCUGCGGCCUCUGCCCCAGGGGCCAUCAUCAGGUGCUUUUCUGCAGAGCCUCUGGGGCGACCCGCAGGCCUACACACCGGGGAGUAUUAAACAGCCUUGGCUUGAAGUCUC